UUCCAUUAUCAAUUCUCUUCUUUUAGAUUUUAAACCAUUGCAUUAAUCAUCUUCAAAAAUGGCUCAAAGAAUUACCUACAGAAGAAGAAAUCCAUACAACACCAGAUCUAACAAGAUCAAGGUCGUUAAGACCCCAGGUGGUAAAUUAGUUGCUCAACAUGUCAAGAAGAUUGCUUCAAGGGUUAAAUGUGGUGACUGUGGUUCCGCUUUAGCUGGUAUUGCUACUUUAAGACCAAGACAAUAUGCUAACAUUUCUAAAACUCACAAAACUGUCCAAAGAGCUUACGGUGGUUCAAGAUGUGCUAACUGUGUCAAAGAAAGAAUUGUCAGAGCCUUUUUAAUUGAAGAACAAAAGAUCGUUAAGAGAGUCUUAAAAGAACAAGAAGAUAAAGAAAAGAAAGCUUCAACCAAGAAAACUUCUAAGAAAUAAAUUAUUUAACAGAAUUUUGUAAUUUAGUCUUUAUGGUAACUCAUUUGUAAAUUUCUUUUUAAAAACCAACCCUUUUAAUAAAAAUACAUCCACGA